AUGAACCGCACUACAAACGGUGCAAAGCGGCGCCGUUGGGCCGGGCCGGGCGCGCGCGGCUCCCGGAGCGGGGAGCGGGGAGCGGCCGCGGUGCGGGGCACACGGGAGCACACGGGAGCACAACGUGCCCGGGAAAACAGCGCGGCUGGGCUCCGACCCGCGGCCGAGGGCGCCUCAGGAGUGCGGUACGCACAGAUUCAGAGGGUUGGAAUAAAAAGCAUCAGUUUCUCUAAUGCAGUAAUCAUCACAAACCUCACCUUGCUGUGUGCCAACAUUACAAUAUUCUAUAAAGCUUUGUUGGAUUUCUGUGCUUCUCACCAUUUAGUUUGCACCAAGCCUACAGUUUGGGUCCUGCACUAUCUCAACAUUUCUGGAGCAAACUGUGAAAGUAAAAUUAUGGGUGUGCAUGCCACAAGAGCUGAUGGGACUGAUGCAAUUAAUAAGGUGCUAGGAAUGAAAAUUCCUAGUAAAUGCAUGUACAAAAGAUGAUUAAUUGGCUGUACUGAAGCAGAAGGCUGUUUACCAUGUAAAGUGGGUUUCCAGCCAAUUAGAUUCUCAGGUCCCUCAACAAGUACCGACCUAAAAGUCAAGAAUUCAUCUUCAUUAAAGGUAGCUGCUUGCAAUGCUUCCCAUUCUGCAGGAAUUCUUAAACGACUCCAUAGUGAAGGUCUGAUGCUGCACAAAGAAGCUUCUCAAACCACAUCCACAACAUGCACAGCAAGUCCCAGGCUCCCUGAGGAAGGCAGAGUGCUGGCAGUGGGCCACUGAGCCAAAUGCCAUUCCAAGCUGCAGGGAGCAAGAAGCCUGUGAACAACUGGGCAGUGAAGGUGAAAAGGACUCUGCUUUUUCUUGUGACACCAUCUCAGCCACCACCUUCUGCAUCCAGUAAAACAAGUGAACAGGACAGUGUUGCUGUUCAAAUUCCUACAGUACUAAACAAGAAAGAACCAGCUGUAUUAGCAGAAAGUAUUACACUUGAGAAUGAUAGAGUGCAUGGGUAAUGUUUGAUGCAGUCUGAUAGACUGAACAGGUCUACAUUAUAUGGUUGAAGAGGAGGUGAUUAUCUCCUGUGAUCCUUUAUUCAAGAUUAGGUAGAAAAUUGUGAUGAAAAAGAUAAUGAAAAGCACAGGAAGAAAUUGUUUUAAGAGAGCAUUGAAAUAUGAGUUUUCUGCUUUAUUUCUGGUUAUUUUUUAGAUGUUGGGAAGGGAGGAAGAAAAAUGGAUUAAAAAAAUCGCUCAAGCAUAUGCAGCUUAACAUUCCAGUAACUCCCAUUUGUAUUUCUGUUGUGCUGUACUGUAAAGUGAGUACUUGCACAGUGUAAAAGAAAACCUCUUUAUCAAUUUUAACUACAGUGAGUCUCAAUUUGUACCUUUAAAGGGGGAAGGGGGAAGAACAGAUAAAAGUAAGUAGCUUUUAUUAGACAGAAGUUUGCCACAAAUGUACAACGUACGCGUGCUGCAGAGAC